ACGGAAAACAUUUGAAAACGGAGCUUUUCGAAAACGAUGACAAAACGAUAAUCAUGGGAUUUCCAUGACUGAAUUUUCCUCAAACACAAAUCCAAAAUGACCCGUGAUUGUUGCGUUUUUAAAUUACUCCGGCGUAGUGUGGACGAAAAACAUUUGAUGCGUUUUCACAGUGAAACCUCCGUUUUCAAAUUCCUUCAGCGUAGUGUGUACGUGGACGGAACUUUAGUUCUAAGAAUUUGGCAGUUAAAGACGAAAAUUGAUGAUUUCCUUCAAUCUCAUUACCUGCCUUCGGACAAUGUAGAGAUUUUGUAAGGAGAAACUACACGUUGAUAUAACGACAUUGGUGUGAGUGUUGUUAGUAAACAAUGCUAUCAGCGAUACAAUGUGACUCGCUCGCUCGCGUGUCUCUGAAAACACGUGGAAUUUUGCGACGGUUAAUUUUGCAAGCCCAGUUAAACAAAGAGAGCCAAACAAAGACAUAAGGACAGCAAAAGAACUAAAUAUUGUUAACCAAGCUUUCCGAUAUAUCGAAUUUCGUUCACGGCUAGUACAUUCCGAACUAACGUUUUUAACGUCUGAGACUUUCCUCAAAUCCCACUUUGCUGUCAUUCUGUCACAAUUUUACAGGUUCCCAGGAGAUAUGUCGGAUUGUGAACUGAAUGUAUUAAUUAAUCUUGAUUUAAUUGAACUGAAUUUAGAACAAGUUUAUAUCGACUCCAUUCAACUUUAACCUCACCUUGAGUUAUGUAAGAGCCUUAUUUAAUAUAUCUACAUGAAAAUACUUAAAACAGUUAUGAAAGUAACAUUUCGGUUACUUGAGUGUGAGGCUACUUCGUAAACACUGUUUAAUAGUAAUAAUAAGGGCACAUUUUAACCGCUCGAAUAGCACAUGUCUAUAACAAUUACAUUUUUAAAUUCUCAAUACAGCAUUAAUGUAACAUUAGGAAAAGGGGUAACAUAAAAGUCGUCAACUACAAGAUAAGAUGUUGUCUUGAUGUGGUACAAAAGAAAUUAUAGCAUCAGUUUGGAGAAAUGAAAUUUUGACUUUGUAUCUCUGUUCCCAAGCAGCGCGAAAAGCUACUCCAGUGCGCCCACCCACUUCACAUUGGAGGGUAAAAGGAAGAGUUUUCAAGACAACGAUGUCUCAAAUCGCUGUUUGUGAUGUAUCGUUUUGUUCUCCGCCCGCACUGAAAUCUAAAACAGAUAAUCUUUGCGGAAAGCCACUUCAAUGACGGCUGAUUGACACCACAACAAAAGCGUUGUCUUCCGAGCACGCGCAACUUGGUAAGCGUGUGUGCAUAUUGUUAUGUUAAAACGGCCCGGCUACAGCGCGUGCUUCACUGAGAGAUAAGUUACGACACACAAUAGCUAGCGAGCCGCUGAUAGCCCCAGAACCGACCAUAAGCGGGAAAGAAAAGAAAGCAUCUGUGAAGCAGAGCAUUUGUACAAGAGAAAAAAAUGACAAAGGGAGUCGAAGACAAGCUUGCGAACGAUCCACUUGUUUCGGCGAGUAAGGAAGUGAACACAGCCGACAACUCGAGAUACCGAAAGUGGGCUCAACUGGACAGAAGCCGACGGUUGAAGGCGAGCGCUAGAGAGCGGAAACGAAGGCACGUACUGAACAACGCUUUAGAACUAUUGCGGAAGAAAGUUCCAUGCGUCGAUCAAAACCCUCAAAAACUUUCCAAAAUUGAGGUGUUGAGAAUGGCAAUUGAUUACAUCGCCAUGUUAAGCUGUUAUCUGAAAGGUUCGCAGUCCGCGGCCGUGCUUGCCGCGCAGCUACCGCCUGUUGAAGUAACAACCAUCUCGCCCACAAGAACAGGAGCACCCAACCUUCUAAUGCAUGACCCUUCCGUCACUAUAGUCGUGCCAAAAACAAUGGACCAAUUUCAGGUGGGAGACCACUACGGUAUAAAAAGCUCGGAGUUGGACGUGUAUUUGAAAGGGUUCCAAGAGUUUCAGUCCUAACCGAUCUAAUUUUAACUAUCUGUACAUAUAAGAAAAUCUUGUAGAUAUCCCAUAUACCGUCUUUCCCUUUUUGCAAAAAGUUGAAUGUAAUUUUUUAAAUUAUUUUAUAUCGCUGUAGUUAGACUUCAAGUAAAACGCAACAGCUUUUAUUGACUAAAGUAUCUUUAUUAUCUUGUACAGCUGUGUUCGUGUCAAUAUGUUAUUGAAAUAAAUUCAAUUAUAAAAGUUGUUUUUAAACAAGUUGGUUUGUCUUCAAUGCCAUGCACGCCUGUGAGCACGGGCCAAAUGGCCGCUGUACAUAGCCACGCAAAAAGAAAAAAAUGACGUUAAUUUAAUUUUCCUUUUGAGCGCUACAAUUCGCGCCAACAUUUGGCACCUUCAACCCCAUUGAUCAAAACAAACAGGAACUUUGCUUUGUAAGUUGAUAAGCUGAAGGUUGUCGGUUUACCCGCGUACAAUACUCCAAAUGACCGCAUGAACUUGGCGGCCUCAUAAAACGACUUGUUCACUAAAACCCACGGCGAAAUCGGAGAUCCACAAAGACACUUUUUGAAGUCCGUUAAAGGCGACAAUGGAGAGACUAAUAAAAAAUGUGCCUCGAUUUUGAAAUCGCUUAAAUUAGGCGCCUAAGUGGAGUCUUUUGUCUGCUAAACACGUGUAGGAUUAUGAUUGAAGUCGCAUUGGGAACACGGAAUCUUGCUCACAUCCGACCACGCAGUUUUUAAAGCUAACAAUCGUAACUAUAUUCUGAGCCGAGUUUUAAAAUCAAGUGCAAGUUUCCCAGGCAAAAGUUAAGUUUCAUGCGAGAUGUUUUGGUCUUCACGAUCUGAAUACAUCACCCGCAUUCUAAACAAUGCGCAACCAGAAAGAACGAUUGAGAUUUCAGAAGAGUUGUUUUUUGGAGAAAAACACUCACUGAAUGAAUGAAAAAUCCCGUCGUCAUUGAGGGUUUAAUCUCAAAAGAUUAGCUUUCGAUUGAUAAAUGAAAUCAAAGUUAAAUUUCUGUUGCCGGAAAAACAGUUUACAUUUCGUUUGCUAGCGAGUCCAACUACACGUGGUCGUGUAAUCGAGCACAACAGAACAAUGGAGACUUAUUUAACGAAAUUUCAUUCUUUGCUCCGUCUCUUAGCAACUUGAAGUGAAUCGUGCUCAACUGAGAAUUAAACAGUCAGAGACGUUUUAGGCAGGACAAAAGGAUGUCUCACUUGAUCGUAAGGAAAAUUCAACGCUAAACAACGCAACGGAAAGGAUCGGGUUGAAAAAAAACUUUCUUCAGUAAAAUUCAACCGCGCGGUGAAGAGCUUUGAAAACUAUUCGAGUAGACGGAAAACAGUUUCAAAGUUUAUCGUGUUUAGAAAGUCGUGUAACAAAAAAGUUUAUAUAACUAAUGGAAGUUAGCUAUCAAAAAACUGAAAUCGCUUUAUUAGAUUUUGAACUUUCAAUUGUGAAUUCGUCAACUACUGUAACAGUAUUUCGAAACGGAUUCAACAAAUUAGGAACUUUGAAAAAUGGCGUUUCAUUGCGUGAAGAAAAACUUUUGAACUGACUGAGAAAUAUUCACUGGAUAAUUUUACUUCAGUGAUCUGAAUAGGCCAAACCUAACCUUCUUUAGGUUUGAAUAUCUUUGCAGAAAAGUAUGCAUUUGACUUCAGGAUGAAAAGUCGAUAUAUUACCUCUUCUUAACCUCGCUCUAGAUAUUGCACCAUCUUUGAAGAUGGAGUUAAGGCCUUAAAAGAGGAAAUGUAAACUGCAGAGCGAAUAUAAGUCAAUUCAAACCAACUCAAUUUGUCGAACAAAACAGAGUACCUGUAUUUUAUCAAACGAAUGCCGUAAAGGGGGGAAAAUAAAAGCUGUAUCAAAGUUGCCGAAAGAGUGGUACUGUAUGAUACAUUAUUAGUUUUUGUUCGGGCAUACAAUAUUAAGCGCGUGCGUGUGGCUAACCGAGUCGCUAUGUUAAAACAGAAAGGCACAUAGAAGUGUCUUUCGUGUCUGUAAAUGCAAUAAUUAAGCAACGGUCAUUGAUAUUUCCACGUGGCACGGCUCUUAAUGAACUUGUUACAAUAUACACGUGUAGUUCAGCAUUAAAAUGUACACAAUAGCAUCGAUUUCAUUUCAGAAACCCCGUGAAAAAAACCGUGACAAGACUUCUUACUGGCUUCUUGUUAGUUCAACAUCGAUAAUAAUUUACAUUGACUGAGGAUGUAGAUUUCGGGCAUAUCCAUCUGGUGGUUGAGAUUUCAUUUUUUCAGUCUCUCGAGACCAGAAAACUCACGGCUGUACAUUAUCGUAGUGAAUUAUAACUGAAUGCAUUAGUUUUCUCAUCAGAAAUCAAGCUGGAAGCUAGAUGUUUCUCGAUUUCAUAUCAAACCAACCUCUGCAAGCUAAACCAACAAAAUACCCAUUCAAGAUGAGUUAACAUCGCGCUAAACUAAAAACGAUAUAAGUUUCGAUUGGGAAUCAUAAUUAUCGCUUUCACAGAUCAUUUGAACGCCGAUGGAAAACAUAAUUCGCCAGACACUGGUCGCUUGGUUUUGUGAUCGGGCAAAAGCAUCUACGAUUGUCGAAUUUGAACUCAGUCAAAACCUAUUCUCGAAAUUGCGUUUGAGAAAGAACAAUUAAAAAUUGGAAAUGAAACAUCGCAACUGAAACUCUUCAAGUUCUUCAGUACAUUUCAGACGUCCGGUGAUUCCUGACACUAAUUAGAGUAAGUAAAUUAUCAUUUGUAAAUGAGGGAAAUAUUGCAACCUCGUCCAAUAAUUCUACACACACUACACUAAAAUGAACUGUACCAUAUAAUCGCACUUAUUCAACUCGACCAAGAUCAGUUUUCAAUCAACGACUCUGCAUUACAAAGAUUUCAAAACGUCAUGGUUGAUUUAGUGAAAUAACGAUGUACGGUUCGUUACACACAAGUAUGAAACUGUACAUAAGGUUUAUGAAUUUGUACGAACUGUAUAGAAAGAAAAGUAGAGGAGUUGUAUCUGCCCAGUAAUAGAAUUUAUUGUAGAACCUCCUUCUGCAUUUCUAAUUUCUUUAGGAAUUUUAGCUUAGUAGGGGAUGCGAUCUUGCUUUUUCCCAGCUAUAAUCCAGUCAUAACAUCAUUUAAUAUUCAUAUUAAUCAAAACUAUAAAAAAAAUUCACGAAUCUGAUUGGUUGCCAACGGGCCGGAUUAUGGCCUUAAUAGAACAAUGUACGCACCAAAUUUAUCUACGUGACGGAGCCGGAAAAACAACUUGUCUAGUGCCAUCAAACUAAAUUAAAUUAAAUAACCCCUUGGGGGGCCCGCGGACGCGCUCCUAUAAAACAAAAUACCGUGUUUGACGUGGGCGGGGCUGUGCGGGAUGACGUGGGCGGGGCUGUGCGGAAUAACGUCAGCGGGUCCGGAAAAAGCCAUCUUGCCCCGCACACAUCAACAAUUCAUUAGCGCCCGUAAGACUGAUCAUUGACAAAGUUUCACGUCUUGGCAACAAAGUCAAGCUCAGAAAAGGUGGUGUGAUUUAAUACCAAUUGAUGUAAAUUAGGAGGGGUCGGGUGGAAAAAUAU